GUCUGCACGACUUCCUCUGUACAUAUUGAGCCCUCGGGCACAGGUAUCGUGGUGCUCACCGCUGAUACUUCCAGAUACUUCAGAAUUGUCACUUUCUUGCUGUGCGUGUGAAAUGAUUAUAAUUAACUGCUAUAUUUGAAAGGUUUCUAGGAGAAGAGAGCCGUCGCAGUCAUGGCUACUCGUUGGGGAAUUGCUGGUGCAGGAAAAAUUGCUCAUGACUUUGUGUCUACAUUGCGGAGCAUGCAACAUCAUGAAGUUGUAGCUGUAGCAGAUGAAUACUUUCCUCAGAACGCGAAAGAUCUUUCGAAACUUCACAAUAUACCGACAAUUCAUACCACGUACGACGAGCUUGCAUCUGACGUAAAUAUUGAUGUCGUGUACGUGGCCGUGAUUCAGCCGUAUCACCACACGGUCGGCAAGGUGGUCUUAAACCGAGGCAAACCAAUGCUGAUGGAAAAACCGUUCACGCUGAACCCUCAGUUCACGCGAGAACUGAUUGAACUGGCUGCCCAAAAGAAGUGCUUUAUGAUGGAGGCCAUGUGGACUCGUUUCCUGCCUGCCUACCGCAAGAUGGCAGACUGUAUUUCGUCUGGCCAGGUUGGCGAAGUGAAGUACGUCUGUGCCAAUUUCGGCCUGGCUUUGGAGCCGGACUGCAGGAACAAGAAGCUGGCUGUCGGCGGAGGAGCCGUUCUGGAAUUCGGCAUCUACCUCUGCAAUGUUUGUAGCAUCGCGUUUGGCUCGGAACGGCCGACUAAAGUCGUGGCGGUUGGGCACCUCAAUGCUGAAGGCGUAGACGAGACUACUUGCGUCGUGCUCCAGUAUAGUAACGGUCGUCUCGCCAACCUUACAGCAUCGACAGAAACGGCGCUCCCAUGCAAUGUCAUGGUCGUUGGAACCAAGGGCAAAAUAGAGAUUCCUAGCAUGAUGUGGUGCUCCCCCAAGGUGAUAACUCCGGACGGAGUAACGCACGAGUUUCCGUUUCCCGAAACUGUGCUUCCGUGCAAUUACGACAACAGUUCUGGACUGCGGUACGAAGCUGAAGAGGUUUCCAGGUGCCUUAAGGAAGGAUUGUUACAAAGCCCCAUCAUGCCCCAUUCAGAGACGCAACUUUUGUCGGACAUGAUGUACGGAAUCCGGGAACAGAUCGGGGUGUUCUAUCCUCAAGAGAGCUGACGCGAUCACAGAGAUGAUUUGUAUAACAUGUGCCACCUUGUUACAUCUUGACUGGACAAGAACACUGUUGUUGUUUGUUUUUGCACUGUACUACUUGUUUUAUGACUUUUGUCUGUGGAAUUACAGUUUGUGAACACUGCAGUAUUUGAAGUGUGCCAAAUACUCGAUUUUGAGAGACUUUAUUCAGGAAAUGCAGAAAACAGUGCUCGCUGCCAAAUACUGUUGAUAGUACCAAAAUAAAUGUGUAGAAUAAUCUUU